GGCUCAAGAGUGACGAAGACCUGACUGGUGCGACGAAUCGUGAUAGGUCAGCAUGUCGAUGCCAGCAGAUUCGCAGCUUCACAUGAAGAUGGGCACCGAGGAAUCGCUCAAGACUCUCAUGAGGCCGCACAUGCAUCAUGCCAUCGAACCCUGGAUGGCACAGGUGGGUGACACCGAGAAGCGCGGCCUGCUGCGUUUGAUGCGCAUGGCACACACGCAGCCUGGAGGGAUUCCCAUCGACAAGCCCCGGCGACCAUCGUGGAUCCCCAGCUGCGCAACACAGAAGAAGGACUUUAGCACCCUGCCGACCGCUGGGCUCAGCAUGAUGCAAAAAUCCGCCUCCAGCCCUGCACUUCGCUGAGCCAUGCGAAACUUUGUGCUGGCGAGGCUGUGUAUCUCCCCAAGGGACUGAUGCGCGCUUCGGCUCGUGGGCUCCUCUGUGAAAAUCAUUUGGGUCAAGGCAGGGGAACCAUUCGCGGGCUGUGAUUUGUUUGUUUACUGUAACUUGAUUUUUUUUCACAAAAAUCCACGGAGAAAUUGACUUGGGCAGUAUCCAGAGUGUAUCCAGCAGAUUUCAAGGAAGGGCCAAGAGGGACUAGAUGUCCUUCAUUUGUACAAUCAGAGAGGUGACGAUUUCUUGUGUCCACAGAGAUGUCAUGUUCUUCCAAAGUGCGCCGUGCCGCUCGAGCCUGAAGAAGGGAACAAUAAAUGUUGGACACGUCGUCACGUCGUCGGUUUCACAAAUGAUACUGCUGUUGGAGUUGAAAGCACUAUGUGAUGUCGGUUUCAC